AUGAAGUGCUCUUGUAACAAUGAUUUGAUUAUACAAUUUUCAAAUGAUAAAUUGUACAUUUAAGCUUGUAUUCAAAUUGUAUCAAUUAUUCAUAGGUAAUAAUUCACAAAAUUUUAUCCCAAAAUAUCAAGGAUUGCCUGAAUCUACUAAUGAAAGUAAUGAAGAAAGUAAUUAAAUUGUUCGAUUUAUGUAAUAAUUUACUAAUAAGAAUCUUGAUUAAAAUUCUUUUAAAUAGAUUUUUGAGUUCAAUGCAAAUAGUUAAAGUGUAUAACAUUAAAUAAAUUGUAGCAUUUUAAAAUGUCAAUUGAUAAUGAUAAUAAUUUUAGAAUUAUGAGUUCUCAAUAGCCUAUUAUUAAUCAAUGCAUCUGUUAACAUGAAUUAAAAAAAUAGAAAAAAUAAAAACAGAAAGCAAAACAACCACAACCUAAACCAACUAUUGAAAAAACUUAAGAAAAUUCAGAUUCUAAAACAUCUCAAAAAUAAUCGAAAGCUCAUUCUUAAGUGAAUGAGGAAAUUCGCAUUUUUGAAGAUAAAAUUAGAUCAUAUACAUCUGACAUUGAUGAAUCGAAAAAAAAAUCAUUAAAUCUUCCACAAGAGUGGAUAAAAAGAUUAGGAACCUAAAAAAAGAAGAAGUGAA